GUUGUGAGCAGGUGAUACCCAUAGUUCUCGGAUGAAAGCCGAGAUGUGGAUGAAGUUGGCUUAAGUCUCGCGCGUAACUGCAUGAAAAUUGUAAUCAGAGACAGUUUCUGUCUCGGACUAGGGUUGGGAGAAUAAGAACAACAUGGCUGUCGACACAGGAGGAAGUGUGCGCGAAUCGGCGGUUCGAAAACUGAGCGAUGAUGGCGCCAGGGCAGCGACCACGAGUACUAAGGCGGUACCGAGUUCCUCGAGCACGUCGACAGGAGGCUCGGCUUCAUCGACCGCACCGAGUUCCUCUGACGAGGGCAGCUCUUCAAAAGAAGCAGGAGGUCAGCCAUCAGCUACAACGGCAGGAGCCUCGGCUUCGGCUUCCGAAAGUAAGGAGCGUCCUUCAGGAGGCCUACGGGUUCCUGUUGAGCCGAUAGGCAUGUACACAUCCCAAGAACACGAAGAAGAUCACGCAUUGUGGACGUUGGUGCAAUCGCUCAAGCCGGUUUUGAAUUUAAGAAGGGUUUAUCUUUGUAGGGCGUUUUUACGUGUUUGGCAAGUCGUUUGUCUCUUCAGGAGAAAUUCCACGCAUGAGUUAUUUAUGCACUGGAGGAGCUUGCGGGGGAAGUGAUUAUACUAACUGGCGAGUUAACUUAGGUGAGAGAAAAGAUACGCUCUCUGGAAGGUUCCUGGACGACAGUCGACAAAAAAUGUCGGCUGAGGGACCAACUAGGGAGAGGGUUGGGGGCAACGGGCCCCGCGAACCCCGUCGUGUGCGGUGCGAAAAAUGCACUCACGCGCGACGCCGCCGGUCGAUGCAAUGGCGCAUCUCGGCGAAGGCGAACCACGGUUCGCGCCUCCACGGAGGCUCGGGUGCGGUCGGGUGAGAGCGUUAAUGCUACACCCACGGGGCGGAGUUCACAUGCAGAGCGGAGCAGAGCGGAGCGGAGCGGAGCGGGCUGCCGGCGCACGGGCCAAAGCGCUCGUGCGUAGGCCGCGGGAGGGCCAACGCGCCCUCCGGCGGUGCGGUGGGCAGGCGCGUGGCGCCCAGUGGGGGGUGCUGGGGAGCUCGUAAAAAUCGAGUUCCGCCGCGCGCGCGGCGCGCCAUCCCCUCGCGGGGCAAAAAUCGCCGCGAGGGUUUGGCGCUUGUGGCAGCACAUUUUCGUAACCUCAAGCUGAAAGCUAGCUUGGGCAGGUCUAAAAACUUUUCUUUUUCCCAAAAAUCCAGGGACUUUCUGUGCGCGUAUAAUCGCAAUCUAGAAACUAGUGACUAGUAGUGCCCCCGCACUCUGGUUUUCAGCAAAACAAAAAACAAAAUGACCUCCCUGAAAAGCGUCGGAGACCUCGUCAUCCACACAGGCAAAAAUCCUGUGGGGAGCGAGGACGUCGACGAGAAGGGCAAAGCCCUUCUGAAACUGAUCGACGGAUCACUGUUUCACCCCUCCAUGGCGGAGGCCAUGGAGGCGCUGCAAAAGCAGCUGGAGGAGAAGACGCAGUAUGAGGAUAAACUCAUCUUCUGCGCAAACAUCCAGGACUGGAUUGCAGCACUCCGACAGAUGGUCGGUGAACUUCCGGAAACGGAAUUCAUCGACACGGUCAAAAAAGACCUGGAGGACCCGCGCUUCGUGGGGGAAGGUGGAACCCUAACCGAACAGGGCACCACCUUGAUGUGGUUCCACUUGUGGUUGGGCGCAUACCACGAGGAACUAACGGCCGAACCCUGGGCCUCGAAGUCUCUGAUUAAAAAAGAGACUUUUGAAGCCGGCGCGAAGCUCGCCGAAAAACGAAAGUUUCGGGAGGAAAACCCGCAGCUGAACCUGGCGGAAGUCCCGGCGCAGACCGCCAAAAAGGAGGUGAUAGUCCGCUACCUGAUCGAGCGCACCAACAAAGAGGUGCUCAACGACUGGGACGCGAAGCCGGCCAAGACGCCGUGGACGUCGGUCCGCAAGGCGCACGAGGAGGAGGACCGAAAGCUCCUCGAAGAAGAGGAGAAGCAGCGCAAGGCGGAGCUCGAAGCCAAAAAGAAAGAGGAGGAGGACUCCGUGGACUUCGCCGACAAAAGCGAAGAGUCCUCCGAGGAGCCGCCGGAGACGGCAGCUCUGUUCAAAACGUUCGCGAAGAAGACCGCAAAGGCCAUCGCAACGGCUUUGAACAGCAGCGGAGAGGACAAAAUCCUCUCCUAUGACGACACGCGCCCGGCUAGCGAAGGAGAAAAAUUCUUCGUCUACCGACGCGUAAACGGCGUCGAGAAGAAAACAGAGGUGAAAGUCGUCUGGCCUUCCGUCUUAACUCCGGGCGAGGAAGUCGCAGACGCACAGGAGCAGUAUAAAAACUGCUUCUUCACGAACGGAGAAAAAGCCUCUAAGCAGGCGAACCACGUGCUCACCGCGUUAUUAAAACACGUGGAAAAGCACGGCCUCCGCUCCGUUUUCGACGUGGACGAAAACAGCGUCCUGAACACGACGGCAGGCCAACGCCUCAACCAAAAGGCGCUGGCGCUGCUCUUCGGAGCAUACGCGGCCGCAGGCAUCUGGGGCGAAGCCCAGGUGGGAAAAAACCAACCCAAGGUCUCAAACUGCGCCAUCGCAGGCUUUAACGGAGACAACCUGCAGCGCACAAACAGCGCGUUCCAGAACCUGGUCCGGAAACAGGUCGUCGCCAGCGUCCCGGCUGACUACUGGGACAGAUGCAACCUGGACCAGUGCUGGGAGACGCUGCGCCGCGUGGAAAGCGCCAUCAACGGCGCCACCGACCUGCAGCCCUUCGACUUCAUGACCGAGUUCAACGAGAACUUCCCAGAAAUCGCCAUCAAAAAAAUGAUGGUGUUCUUGGGAUUCAUGAAGGAAGGCUCCCGCAGCCUCGACGCGCUCCAGCAGAAGAUGAAGCGCUGGGAGACCGGGCUGGUGAACAGAUACAUGUUCAACCUGCUGGCCUGGUACAACCACUUCGGUCUCCACCUCAUCGACGAGGCGCGCUACACGGACGAGGAAGACGGGGGAAAAAUCAAACCGCCCGUCCAAAAAGCGUUCUUCAAGGAGAACAUGGAGGAAAUCAAAAAUGAAAUGUUCUCCAUGCGAGACGCCGAGGCGAGCUUAGGCAAGCCGAGAAGCGAACGUGUGACAGUCACACUGCGCUCUCGUAGCCACAGCCGCCGCCGCAGCGAAUCGCGAGAGCGAUCGGCGAGCGAAGGCCCGCAAAACCCGUUCGGCAGCGACGCCGACAGCGGCGGGGACGACGACACGGGCACAACCAUGCCGAGCGACACUUGGUUGGAGAGUUUGGAUCUGGAAAAAACAGAUUUCAACCCGGCCAUGGACCCAGUCCACAACCGCCGCCUCGACAAACGUGUCGACGUGGUGCUAGCCGAGCGCCGAAACGCGAAGGGAGGAACACGCACCACAUACUACGUGUACUUCCCUCAAACCGGCUUAGUGGAGCCGUCCGCAUUGAAGUCCCUGAAAAAUAUGGGACUCAUGCUUCCGCCGGCGGUAUGCCACUGGUUCCACGCGCACAAAGCGCAUGCGGUGCAGUCAGGCUGUCGCAACGACGCUCAACACCUGGAAUGCACACACCACCACCUCAUCGACCGCAACCGUCCUCCCCCAGACAUCACUAUCGCCAAGAGAACGUGGGCAGAAGUGAUCCGCUCGCAAAAAGAGCUGGCCGAAGUCCUCUUCUCGGCCCGGUUGGCAGGACGAAACAUCAACCAGCAGCCAACCGGCACAGCGGCAAAACGAGCGGCAGCGAAGGACAGGGAAGCAAUCCGCCACCCGAAAGACUUCGUAAAACCGAAAGUCCAGCCGAUGAAGGCGAUGAAGGCCAAAAACGGCCGAACACGCCGCCAACCGAAAGGACCCCAGCGAAGCGACGCAAACGCGGUUCCGCUGGGACAACGGCAUCGCAACGACAGUCGCGAAAAAGACAAUCGUGGCCGCAACAAAUCGAAGCGAUCGAACGAGCGCAAAAACAGCCGCGCACGCGAUCGACGCCGAUAAAUCGAUGGUGAUGGAGGGAAAAAUCCUCCUGGGGAGAGACGUGAAGGAGCACGUUGGGAGCAAACGCUCCCUCGCGGUGUGGUAGAAGGAGCCACGCACAAGCUAGAACGCGACUAGCUGGAAGAAAAAGGCUAACGGCCUCGAGGACAACAAAUCCUCGAAAAACAGAAUGCAAAAGCAUUCGCCAUAAGCCCUCUGGUCAAAUUCCUCUCAUGCCCGGACCCACGUGCCUUCUCAUUCAUGGGUGCGGCAUGUGGUGGCUGGGCACCUAGCACACAGGCUCACAGCCAGACAUCCGCGGCGUCAGUGUCUUCCCAAGGAUCUGCCUUCUUUCCGCCAGCAGGUGCGUCUGCUCCACGCCCUAACCUGUGUCCGAUGGAGCCAUCUGGCAUAGGCGGCAGGACUGUCCGGGCGAAACUCCUUGACCCGGUAAUCGGAGCGUUUCCCCCCUUCGCACUAGACAGGUUUAGCGCCUUGGAGCCACCCAUGCUGGGGCAGCAGCCUCCACUGUCUCUACCUCCGCACGCUAGUACGGAUAUUGUCCUCACGCCCGCUCUCCUUCCACUAGGGUGUGAGACGAGGAUGGUACAGGUCACACACCGCGCGCCUCUCUGGCUCCGACUGGUGGCGCGCCGGGCUGCGGAGGAGGGGCUCCUGUUAGAAUCGGGACUGCACUGUCUUCGCCAGCUCAGUAGAGCGCAAGCAGUGCGCCCGGACCAGGGUGACCUGGUGGAUGGACAGGCGCCGCCCCCAGUGGCGACUCUCAUCCACAACCCUCUGGGCGUGGAGGUCACGUCUCGUAAUCUGGACCAGGCGCGGAGCGUGCUCGAGGAGGCGGUCUGGCGUGCGACCGGCCAAACGCGACCGUCACGGAGGUACUCCGCGGUGACAUCCUCCCGUGCGAGAUGUGACGUGCUGUCGUUGCGAAACGUCGCACACGCGCUCCCGGUCACACGUGACUCCCCGGACUCCUUAUGGGGGACCCUGACGAGGAGACCGCGCGGAGACCAAGAGUUGCAGAGGGCGAGCCGGCUGUUCCUCUCGGACUGGGUCUCUGGUCCUAAGUGGGGGCGGUGUCGGGGGCAGCGGCACGCCCUGGUCGAGGCAGGAGCUGGCUCACCCUCCGAGGAAGAUCCCUGCCCGCAGUGGGAUCUACUGCACUGCUACAGGCUAAAGCGCCCUGGCGCGGUGACCUUCGCAGGGCACGUCAGAGGAGCGGUGGUAAGGAACAUUGACCCCAGUCUCAUGAUCUGUUCUCCUUGCCGUCCGCUCUCCCGAGACGGGAUUGACUACACGCCGCGGGGGGCCUACUGUCAGGAUUGUGCUGCAGACUCGAGUCAGCGCACCAAGAUGGUACAGGCAGAGGAGGACACGCUGGCAGUCCACGCGCAUGCGCUAGGCAUGCUGGCCGUGACUUCUGGCGGCCCGGGUCUGAAGGGGGUGGACGAUCUCUCUAUGCCGGUAGGCCUCCACCUAGUCCUCCCAGUCACCCAGCCGGGCAUGGACUGGUCGGAGGUGUCAUUUUGGACCUGUCACCGCUGCUGUAUGCCCUACGGCACGGCGACAGCCCUGAACCAUCUUCCUAUCUGCUUUGCGGGCCUCCGUAAUCAGCUCCCAGAUCCUGUCCUCGCUGGUCUACGGCAGGCGGUUGUCAGGAAGAAGGAGGGAGUUAAGUCUACGGCGGACGCGGACUCGUGGGAACUACCUGAGCUGCGCGCCUCACUGGCGCUGCACGCGGAACCUACUCCGGACCUCAAAUGGGGCAAAGGAGUGGACUUCCGAGUGGCGCUGAUAAACGCCGACUCACGGGCGAAGAACGCAUGGUGUGAACUCGCGGGUGAGGUGAGGGCCACAGAGGCUCAAGUAGUGGUUGUCUCAGAGACCGGUCUGCGUAACGCAGACAGCGCGGACUCGUCCAGGGUGCAGAAGUGUCUACGCGCUACACUAAGUGGUCGCUAUGAGAUACAUGCCCUGCGGGAUGCUCUGCUGCUAAUAGCGCACUCAUGCCGGAUGCCAGGAAAGGACUCUUUCCGGCCGAUUCCGGGGGUGCCCUCUCUGGGGACCGUCUCGAUUCACCACUCACAGAUUGCAGGGAAACUCAUAGGGGGAUACAUGACCAACAACGACCACCCGGCUGUCCUAGCCCCCUUGCGGGAUUUUCUGGUCGCGCUCCCGGGGGAGUCUCUCUGUAUGGCAGCAGGAGACUGGAACUUCUCGUGGGGAGCGGUCGCCUCCAGGAUCCCCUACACUCACAACGAGCAUGGCCCUCUGAAGAGCGAGAUAAGGCGUGCUCUCACAGAGAAGCACUCCUUGAAGAACGCACUGGACACGAUGGCUGUCACUUUCCCCAGAGCGGGCAGUCAGCCGGACCUGCUCUACCUCACCGCGCUGGGCAGAGAGCGUGAUCUCAGCCCCCGAUCGUGGAUCCUCCCACCGGUAUCUCUCAUCCCUUCAGUGCACUCUCACCUAGUCAUCAUUGGUGCUAUGGUAGCUGGAAGCGACGGCCCUAGGGCUCCAGCCACCAGAGCAGCGGAGCCUGGCCUUCGACGACGCUCCAAGUACCUCUGGCAAACCCUACCGGUGGAGAAAAGGGGGGCGUUUGCGCAGGUCGUGUCUAGGCUGGGGGAAGCCAAAGACUGCGACUUCCCGUCUCUUGCGGAGCGGGCACUGAAGGCCUGUGGGACUCGGGUCGAGCGCUCUGCUUCCAAGGGGCCGCGGACCAUUCUCCUUAAGGCGGACGGUGCCUUAACCUGCAACGUGGGUGAGGCAAUGACGGUCUUCAGGUGCCGCCUACUGGAUGGUAAACCGGCUGGCAGAAUUCUCACACGGGACGGUAAGCGGGCGGAGAGCGAGAAGAUAGAGGAGAUCCUUCAGGGUCUCCCACAGCAGGUUUUCGAGUACUCCCAUGACUUAGCGUACAGGGCAGGCAGGAGGCUCAACCCGAAAGCUGCUCCGGGGCCGGAUGGGGUCCCGCCUGCAGUCUUUCGUGACUCGCCAGAGCUGAGGUCUCUGUUCGCGAAGGAAGUGGUCAGCGCGAUCAACUCGGGGCGCCCUCUGCCAUCCUCGAGAGAGUUCCUUCUUAGCUUCCUAUUUAAGGCCUAUAAGGAGGGCGCGUCACGCCUUCUAGCCUCCUUCUACCGCCCAUUGGCCAUGUCAUCGGGUAGUGACAAGUUUUCCGAGUCCGUGCUGCUAGAGCUAGCUGCUCCCUGGCUCUACGCGGCAGAGGAGAACUUUGCCUAUGUGGCAGGCAUCGGUCCGGAGCACGUGCUCCUUCGGGUUGUGUGUGCUGCGCUCUCCGCAGCUGAGCCGUAUGCGGUCUGCCUGCUUGCGGACGUUGACGGAGGCUUCGAGAACGUGACUCGCCUGGAGGCUGCCACCUAUCUGUCCGAGACAGGAUGCCCCAGACAGCUCGUAGCAGCGCUCCUCUCCCUGAUGGAGGAGCGUUCGGGUAGAAUUUUCGUGGACAGUCUACUAGGAAGACCCUUCGCUUUCGCGGACUGUCUUGGCCAGGGGACGCUGAUUGCUCCUCCAGUCUUUAGGCAAGCCAUCGGCCGCGCCUGCCGCAGAGCGGGUCUCUUCUCUGUGGCGGAGAGACUGGUGACAGGAUACUCAGAUGACAUCUGCACAGUACUGCUGGCGCAAGGCCAGGAAGAACUCAAGGAGGCAAUCUUGGAGACGACGCGUAGGAUGGCGCCUCCAUCCUUCCCGUAUCCGGUGAGUAACUUCCGAAUGGCGUGUCUACGGGCUCCCGGCUUCGGAGGUGCUGCUUCCGAGCGCGCCGCGGCCGCUGCAGAGUUCCUUAGUAGUUUUGAAGUCAGGCUGGACAAUGGAAGGUCGGUACGAUUCCCGGAGGCGCUCACUACGGUGGGCUCUCCUCCCCCGGACCUGCGAGCACCGCACCCGGUGGCGCCCCGACCUAUGGGAAUCGGCUCUGGCUCUUUGAAGGUAGACUUCGCGAAGUGCCAUGUAUUCUUGGGGAUGCCGCUUUCACCGCACAAGGAGGCCUGGGAGGCUGCUGGCGCGGCGCUCACGAGGACAUGCACUGCGCGAGCGUUCCAGAACCUGAACGAGGUCUGGGACCCAGAGCAGCAGUGUGUGGACGUGGUUGCCGCGGUGGAUAUGUAUCAUCAACAUAUCUACUCGAGACUGACCUACGCGUCCUCAGCAGCAACCCUCCUGUGUCCGGCCCAUACGGCUCUGCUGGACGCCACGGCGGAGAAGUGCUUGCGGAUCCAGUUGAAUCUUCCGUGGGCGGUCGGGUACCCAACGUACUCGACCUUUGUCGUGACGGGGGCACACUUCCCAUCUGCGCAAGCCAUUGCUUACCGCAGGGUGGACAUGGCGCACCUGGUCGCCCUAGACUGGGCUCGUGUCACAGGUGGAGCCCUCACUGCCUCGGAAGCUUUCACUGCUGACCAAGUAGGGCCUGCCCUGGGUGCCUGGGCUGAUGUGCCAGUAAGUUUUGACUUCUCGUCAGGAGCUGUUCUGCCAUCCUCGGUGUGUGUCCUCACCUCGAUGGAGGUUUUCCACAAGUUUAAACUCUCCAGGAAGAAAGAGCACACGCCUCGGGUGGGUGCCCUGGUCCGUCGCUGGCUCGCGGGCCUUGAGGAAGCACUGGGGGACGGUCUCCUCAUGUGUGCCUCUGACAGUGGUGACGCACCUCCUGAGGAGCAACCCACUGAGGGUGGCUCGACUCGCCGGGUUGCUUCAAUAGGCAUCAAGGGCGGUGGAUGCACGGAUCUUGAGAGGAUGAUCCUGCUGAGACUGCACCACUUUCACACGACCUAUGAAGGUGAGGCGGGUGCCCUGGGCGCUCUUCUCAAAGUACUGGAGGACGCUUUCAGAAGGAAGCUCGGCGUGACAGGCGAUGCGUCCAUACAACUGAUCGUCAUUCAGGUCGACAGCGACGGCGUCCUGUGGAACCUUCGCAACAACGCGGGGGAGCGGAUGUACCGAGAGAUGCGGGGGCUCCUGUCGUCUUUGGCUGACAGCCUCGGGGGCGUCUCAAUUCUUCUUGUCUGGGUUCCGGGCCAUAGUGGCGUAUUCCUUCACCAGGUCACGGACCUGGCGCAGAAGCUUGCCACAGAUCCCCUUCUCCCUCUACAGUCGCUGGGCGACUGGUUCAGAGUUAGCGUCGCCCCGAGACUACUGAAGAGGUCCCUGCGCUCUCGGGUCAGAGAAAUGAUCUUCUCAGAGCUGCGUAGACACUCAACUGACAGCUCGACGGGGCGGACGAGGAUCUGCAUCAAUGCAGGGUCAGUCCGUCCAUUUCUGAGACUGUUGACUCCAUUUCAGCAGACGGUCACCCUUAGCCUGCUCAGCGGUGACGGGACUUUCUUACUCACAGCGACGGGCUGUAAGCAUAGCUCAGACUACAAGCGCGUUACCUGUGGUCUAUGUGGCCAAGUGCUCAGGGUGUGCUGUCUGCCGUGGGAAAAGCAGCACUCCUUGGCGAGGGAGGUUGCCCCCUCUCCCCAGCCUCUUCAGCAGAGUGGUAGGGGACAGCAGCUCUUACACCGGGGGCAGGUCACUGCCAAUAGGGCAAGCGCGGCGCAGCUGUGUGAGCCCGCAGCUGAUCAGGCAACGGACUCGGCGGCUCGCCUCGAACAUGCGGAAGCGCGUCUCCAAGGGGAUGCUGCGCUACACCGCGGUCACGGGGCUCCCAAGGACUGGGCUGCAGACGUCAUCUACUCCAACAUCUCGCGACAUCUUCUUUCGCUAGAAUGUCCCCGAGUGCGGGACUACUACCUGGCGGUGGGAGAGCCGCUCGUGGACCUGGUGGCCGAUGACUACGAACCUCUCAGAGAGAAGAAGCAGAAGAUUGACAUUGUGCGCGCGGUGUUAUGGGCCAUAGGAGAUCCCCCAGCGGAUGACUGGCCGUAUCGUCCGCCGGAGGCCCUCCCCAGAGAGGAAGAGGAGCUGAAUGGUGAACAGCUGGAGGCCACACGUAAAGCGGUGGAGCGCACUGCGGACAGUGCCUCGAUGGCGAAUGUGGCGCCGGGGGUGGCUGACCUCAGCGGUCCAGGUGACCUCCUGCUUCUGAUCUCGAGGUCGUCAGCUCCUCGCUUGGACCCGGUGCGAGCCGAACAGGCUUCCACCUCACUCCCCUUGCAGCGAGGACCUCUAAACUGUAACAGGGAGGACGUGAUCGGUGAGGUGGUGCGGGAGGCGAAGGUUCUGACGUCUGCUCUCCCCUCAGAGAGGUACGCGGCUGCUCAGGCGGACAGUCCCGCCGUACCAGCAGAGGCCUCGCCGGCUGCUAAGCGACGGAGGCUGCAAGAAGCUGCUCCUCUCUGGGAUCUAGGCUGGAUGGCCUUCGAUGACUCAUUUGAGAGGGACCAGCGCUUCUGCUAUGAGUGUGCUGUGGACAAUGAGAGGGACACGCACAAUUGCCUGGACUGUUGGUCGCGACGUCGCGCGGCGGUCUCGUGCCCCCUCUGUGUGGUAAAUCCGGACGCGUCGCCUGACUGUGAGUCUUGCAGGCAGACGGCAGCUCACCAUAGAGAAGCCUACAGGAUCCUCAGCCUCUUUUGUCUAACACCGCCAGAACGCGGACCGGAGUCCGCUGUCUCUCCAGAGCAGAUCCCUCAGCAGCAGCGACGUAGUGCUGCCUUCCCGGCGCGCUGUGGCUCUCUGUGGGGUGUGCAGGAGGGCAUGGAUGAAGAGGACUCUGGCUCCCCUAUCCGUCAGCCGAGAGCGAUGGCGUCUCCGGAGAGGCCUGUAACAUUCUCCCUGCUAGACUAUCCUAAUUUGGAAGAUGACCUCCUGGCUGACACUCCGAAGUUACAGGAGAGAUCAUCUCCUGAGCGACUGCUGCCUUGAGCUGGCAAACUGGUGUAGCGUUUCUCCGGAAAGAAGCCUCUCCCUUGUCGAGUAGGUCAGUCCCCUCUCACAGUGCUUCUCCCUUCAAAGUGAGUUGCGUGAAGCAGCCGAACUCUUCUCGUUAGCCCCUACUAAAGAGAAGAACUAAACUUGUAAGGCUUGAAAGAACAAAAGUAAAGACUUGUGGCCUUCCGGCUAAACCAAAGCUAAACGAAGGCGCAGUAGAAGCUCCAACCAGUUUGCUAAGGGAAAGUUGAAAAAAAAGAAAAAGCCAGAGUGUUGGUUGUCCCUCUCUUAAGUUGGAAGGGAAAGCAGCGCUCCUUCUUUCGUUCUUGCUUUCUUUCCUUGUGGAGUAAGGUGUUCUGUGAGUAAAGAAAGGGUCUCUGUCGUUACAAGGGUGUCUAAAGUCAGGCCUGCUUCGCUGUCUCUAUGUGUGCAUCGGUCUACCUUCGGUUGGUGGUGCUGUCGAACGCCUGUUGUCUCCUUGGUAAAAGGUUUUCUUUUUUGUUAAGUCUGCUGCGACUAAGCUCUGUGACUGUAGGUGGGGACUUGUCUCUUAGGUAGCUGUGUGAGUGCCUUGUGAAGCUAGGUAGUGGCUGCUCUGUAGGUGGAAACUCUAGGUGGUCUAGAGUAAAGCUCUUUCUUCUGUCUCUUACUCUGCUAGUAGUGUACAAAGACCCUGAACAAGCUGUGCGUCGGUACUGAAUGAAGUGAAGACGAUUCUUUCCUGAGGGUAUGACUUUCUUGCCAGACGAGGGGCUAGCAGUAGUACUAGGUGCUGCAGUCUAAGGUUAAGGCUUACGCGGGUACUGCUCUGACUAAAAGCUUUGUGGAAAACAAAGGGGGUAGGGGACUUCGUCUCUUUUAGUUGUUGCUGCUGUUAGUCAGUGUAGUGCCGGGUGAAGUUAAGGCCCUGGCAAAGUAUAGGCUGCGCGACUCUGAGUGUGUCAGCUCUCUGUUGCUGCUCCUAUGUGAGGUUAACACUACUGCUGAGUAUCAGGCAGUGCUUUGGCUAUAAUGGCCCUGGCUUUUCUCUAGAAACUAUAGCGAAAAAGUUGGCUCACUACUGCUGAGUAACAGGCAGUGCUAUUAGUCUUUGGGCUGUAGCUGUUGGCAAAAAGUAGGGAAAGGCACUACUGCUGAGUAUCAGGCAGUUCUGAGAAGCCCUAGGUCUUAGUAAGCAUCUGAUUCCCUUCGGGUGGACGGGGUGCGACCUUUGGUCUUGUUUGGUUCGCUUUGGUGUCACUGUUUCAGGGCCCUUAUGCCUGCCUUCUUGACUGUCGUGGUGGAUCGACUAUGUUUUUCAAAUUACCAGGGGCACCGGACCAUUAUUAAGUUAGUGGCGGAACAAUAAAUUCGUCCUUUUUGACAGAGUAAAAAAGCACUCUAGUUGAGAGGGAGGAAACAAAUCAAACCACCAGUGACGACUGGUGGCCGAAAGGGAAAACGCGGCGGCGGCGGCGCAGUGUUCGAGGGAGCGACGUGUUACAUCUCGUCAAGCUAAAAAGAGGGAAAACAGAGUGGGAAGGAGUUGCGAGUAAGUAAAGAAGCUAGGCUGGGGAGACCACUUCAUGAGAUACGGCAGGAGGCCAAGAUCCAUGGUGGAGGUUCGCCUAAGCAGCCGCACGAACCAGCCUAGACAAAAAAGUAAGUAAGGACGAGAGAACAAACUAACUAAAUAAAAACUAAAAAGAGCGUUAGAGGGAACAACAGCGAGAGAUAAUUAAGAAAGUAACAUAAAAUAAAUGUCGAAGCGGGCGGACGCACUGCGCAAAGCUGUCGAUCUAAACGACGACGAGCUGCGCGCCAUGGGAGAAGCCGACUCCACGACUAGAAACAAAAAGUCGCGAGUCGCCUUCUUCCUCGACUGGCUAGCGGCCAAGGGUGAAAAGCUACCCGUGAGGCCGGAGGCGGUGCAAAGAUUCGCCGCCUUCCUAGUGUUCAAUGAAUACACCUCAGUCGCGCAGUACACAUCCAGCAUCAUCAUGUGGCUGGUAGAACCGCCACCCGCGGAUGGCCCGCAGCGGCUAGUCGAAAGCCCCGCCAUUCUCCGAAACAUCGGGGACGUGGAAAAGGCAAUUGAACGAACAAUCCAAGACCACAACCCGAGGAAAGCAAAGCCUUUCCUACCGGGUACGAAGCUCGAGGCGCUAAAGGCAAAAGACCAAAAAAUGGUCCUCCUUUGGGCGCUAUCGGGAUUGCGGGGCGACAGCAUCGCGGCGGUGGACGACACGGACAUCUCCAAAAAAGGAGACGUGUGGCGCAUCCACAUAUCCGAAGACAAAAUCCGCAAACAACGCGGUAGGAUAAUAGAAAUCCACUGCAAUUGCGACACCAACGCAAAAACAGCUGGUGCACGAAGUCGCUUUUGCCCGAUGCACGGCGAAGGCGCUGUUAUGAGAUCUGAUUUCCCAUUAGGCAAGGCCAGGAUAAGUAGCUUGGCGAAGGGAAUUAGCGGCACGCUGCACAGCUGCAGGAGAGGACUCGCAUUGGCAACGCGACGCGAGUGGGAGCAAGGGAAAAUCUCCGUGAAGGAGGAUGAAUUCCUCACCCACAUGGGCUGGGAACAGUCCAGCAAAAUGUGGGACGAGUACACAGCCGACCACAAAACGUGGGAGGCUUCGGAAUUCAUCCCGCUGCACGGAUUGCGCAGGCGGUGGCCCUCGGGGGGGGGUCCACCCCCGCGCGUCUUCGUGCAGCCCAAGGCGGUCCAAGAGGACACCUUGGUCAAGCGGACGAUCAAGAUCACCCCCAAGCAGAAGCUACAGAAGAAAGGGCGGAUUCAACAGAAUACCGUUACCAAAAAGGUGACGGCCCUAGCGCCAAAGAGCGCCAGUAGCAGCGGCUCAGGGGCACUCAAAGCAGUACCGGGUACAAAAAACGUACGCACCUGGCGGUUCUGAACCUCCAGUCGUCGGGAAAAGGAUGGAAGGCGCACCAAGGAGGCGUCGAGAAAGGAUGGCCCAAAGGGCUGGAGGUUCAAAGUGACCUUGUCCCCCAGCGGGGGGACAACGCCUGCUACUGCCGAGGGAUUAGCCGCGCACCCGGGCCAAAGCGCCCCGGACCAAAGCGUCCGACGCGAAGAGCGAGCACCCGAAACCUCGCGGGUGCCGGUUGAUUGACUCGUAGGGCGACGGUGCACGAACACCGGCCGAGCCGCGAGAGGGGUUACGACACCCGGACGUUGGUGUGCAACUCUCUCUGGGGAGGUAAAGGCCUCCCGCCACGCUCCGUGGCAAAUUUAUGGGCCGUAGGUGCAACGACCGGCGCCGGCAAAGACCUGGGUCUGCCGAGCCAGCCUACCGUGCUGCCACAGCACUAAAAAGUAUAACUCACCAGUAGAUUUAGGAUCCCCGGGGGUUAAGUCUCCAGUUUGUAUAUGCACUGGAGGAGCUUGCGGGGGAAGUGAUUAUACUAACUGGUGAGUUAACUUAGGUGAGAGAAAAGAUACGCUCUCUGGAAGGUUCCUGGACGACAGUCGACAAAAAAUCCUCCCAGGGGCCAACCAAGCCUAGUCACAAAAAAUGACGACUGCCACGCCACUACACGUCAGCCAAGCAGAAAUGGAGCACGGCAACGACCGCCGCGAGCUCCAUGACGCGGUCUGCAACUUCGUCAAUCGGGUCCGAGCACAACUACACUUCGAGACCUACGGCCAAAAGCUACCACUCGAGUGGGAACAACUGAUAGCUGCCGAGAAGCUACAGCCGGCAGCGGUAGCCAAACGAAGAAAACAAGCCACCGCCUUGUUCAGACGUCUGAAGACGCAGACGGAGCAAGCAAAUGCAGACUUGAUAAACGCUACGGCGCCAGAGCACCUAAAAAGGGUGCUACAGACAACCAAAACAAGGAACGUCAUCGCAAUGAGAAAACUCAUCGCAUUGACGGGCCAUCCGGACACGUCGCUACCGGACGACAUCCUCCAUGGAUUUCAAACAAUAGGGGAGUACAAGAGUACUGGCCUUUGGAAGGCAGACGUCAAUGCCGCGGAGGCAAAGGACCUCAAAGAAUUCUAUAGCACCGCGGUAAAAAUCCGGGAUGCGCCUCCGAAGGGUUUCCCAGAGGAAGCCCUUCGGCAAGUCCUCAAAAACAUUGAGGCAGACGUCCAGCUGGGCAGAUACAAAGAGAUCAAUCCAGAGGACCUCAAGGUCAUGCCGGCGUACGCCUUCCCAAAGGUCGAACCAGAGAAGGUUCGCGUGAUAAUCGACGAGCGGUGGAAAAACGACUUCUCAAAAAUGUCGGAAAAGGUGAGGCUCCACGGGACGCGAACGGUCCUGGAGAUUGUAAAAAGCUACAUGGCGCCUGCAGGCGCAGAGGGCCUCACCCUCCACGCACCGGUGACACAGUUCACCACGGAUAUCUGCGGCCAGGUGGCUAAAGAGGUCGCAGACUUCCGCGCAAAAACAAGCGCAAGCGAAGCCACAACCACCGACGAGCACCGCCAACUCGGCGAGCAGGUGAGGCUCCUCAACGAGGAGAGGAUGAAGACCCGCCCGGCAGGUAGAAAGCCUUGCAUCGCACUCCGAGACUGGAGCAAGGCCUACUACCAGGUAGGGGUAAAACACCCGGAGGAAAACCCGGUUGGAGUCUGGGACGACACCCAGGGGCGCUACCGCAUGUUCCUCGCGGCGAUACUGAACAUGGGGAACAAGUUCAGCGUCAGCAGCUGGUGUAGAGUGGCGGAGCUGGUCAUGAAAAUAAUGGCCACGCUCGGGCACACAGUAGUGCCAAUCUACAUCGACGACGCCAUCAUCCUCAGCCUCGAAGAGGGAGCGGAUGAGGCAAUAGAGGCAUACGAAGCUCUCUGCGACUGCCUGGGGCUGGAGCUCGCGACAAAAGCGACAGCACAGCAGGACUCGAGAAAGAGCCCUAUUGUGCGCAUACUGGGCCUCCACUACGACACAAGCCCAAAAACGGGAAUUGAUGUUGUGGUGCCAGACAACAUGCUCCAGCAGGUCGCGGAAGUCGCAAACGAGCUCCGGCAGAAAGUGAACACAGGACAGUUGGACAAAAAGGUGGUCCAGCGACUGCUCGGACUGGCAAACUUCAUCACCGUGUCCGCGGCAAACAGAGCCGGAAACGAGAUCAUGAGAUCUCUUUACGCAUGGACAGAAGACGCCACCUUCGACAAGUUGGUGAAGCAGCGGUGGCAACGGAGAGCCCUCCUGCGCUCCACUGCGGCCAUCGAGAAGAUGGUCCACAAGGUGAACAGGCUCAGACUCAGGCUAGAACAAAUCGUGAAGCCUCUGAGCUUCCUGUUCACGGACGCGUCAACAGAUGGCGGGCCGAACGGCGAGCCAACGCUAGGAUACGUCAUGAUCCACCACAGCGGGAAGACCCUCAUCCAAAUGCAGCCAUUAACGGAUGGCCGAUGGGCCACCGCCAGGAUAGAGGUACUGGAGGCGGCCGCGGUGGGCCUCGCCGCAAAGCAACUACCGAGUUGGACCAGCAACUCCGACCUCGUAGUGCUGAUCGACAACACGCCAGUACUCUACAACUUCAUCAAAUGUAGUGGCAAAUCCGCGGUGGUGGCAAACACCGCAGUAGACGUAGUCAAUCACUGGUACGACAACAAUGUCAAACCGUGGUACGUCUACAUAAAAUCCGAAUGGAACCUGGCGGACUACAUGACCAGACACGGCAAGCACAAACUGUUCAUCAACACCAUCCCACGGCUGCAGACGGUUCAGCAGUCCACUGGUGCCCGACUAUGGCUGGCUGAACUAUGUGAACGCCUGCCGGCCCCUGCUGUCGCUGUCGCUCCGGGAGUUCGUCCCUCCCACGGGAGCGACAAGCGCGGUGGAGGGCGGCAGCCGCCCCGGCACACCACCGACGCGGGCGCUGGCCGGCGGGAGGUCCUGACGCAAACCUGUGCAAAGGCCGGCACACGUCCCCGUAACCCCUCGACGGCGGACGCGAGUCUCAGACCGCCGACUCAAGUCCGCACCAGGAAGCCGGAGCCUGGUCGGGGUCUCCGGAGGAAGGUGCCGGUGAGGAAAGGAUAAGGGCUCGGAGCGGUCCAUUCACCGCUGGCACGUGUCAAACCGAGACCAGAGGUUGAGCGGGAGCUCAAGCCCCGGUAGUAGGCCGACAGCGCGGGCUGGAGGUUCAAAGUGACCUUGUCCCCCAGCGGGGGGACAACGCCUGCUACUGCCGAGGGAUUAGCCGCGCACCCGGGCCAAAGCGCCCCGGACCAAAGCGUCCGACGCGAAGAGCGAGCACCCGAAACCUCGCGGGUGCCGGUUGAUUGACUCGUAGGGCGACGGUGCACGAACACCGGCCGAGCCGCGAGAGGGGUUACGACACCCGGACGUUGGUGUGCAACUCUCUCUGGGGAGGUAAAGGCCUCCCGCCACGCUCCGUGGCAAAUUUAUGGGCCGUAGGUGCAACGACCGGCGCCGGCAAAGACCUGGGUCUGCCGAGCCAGCCUACCGUGCUGCCACAGCACUAAAAAGUAUAACUCACCAGUAGAUUUAGGAUCCCCGGGGGUUAAGUCUCCAGUUUGUAUAAUCGCAACAGCCCAUGCAUCACCGCGUAGGCCACUUCUAAUAAUUCCCGGCACCUACGUCUUCGGCUCACUCUCUCCUGCUGAAGUGUCGAAAAUACCAAGAGAAGACACCGCUUGCGAAUUUAAGGAGAAGGAGGGUGUUGCCAUAGUCAUGGAGAAAGAAAAGGCCAAAAAGCACGGCAUCAAAGUAUCGCCUUUCGAAGCAUCAUGGAUCCAGUUGGAUACGUACAGUGCAGUGGAAGCUUGUGGUACUGUGAUGUGAAUGAGACGAGUGACACUAGAAGGGAUUACCGAUUACACUCAAGAAUGCAAGAGUGCUCUCAAUAAAACUCACCAAAUUAUCGUGCGUUCUUUUCCGUGAUCUCACUGACCAUGUUCCACUUGCUUCAUCAAUUCUACUCGUAGUGCAACAUCUGCCUGACCACGACUCAGGUCUCACGUCCGUCUUCUCGCGUGCGCUUACCCAAGGCGGUGUUUCCUGUAACAUCAUUGCUGGCUUUCACCAUGAUCACCUCUUCGUAGCCAAGGAGGACACGGUGAAGGCGAUGAAUAUUCUUCACGGUCUCGCUUACUUCGCUACGCAGGUGUUGAAGAAUGCCCAUGAACGGGCAAGAGCACAACAGAAACUAGAACUGAAAGGUGGUGCCGCAAGUGUUGAGGGGGGAGUAAAGCCUGCUACUCUAUUGCAACCAAGAAAACGGAGUUACAGUGGAACAGCGGGAGAAGAGGCUGCACCGAAUGCGGUCAAUAAAAAUAAAACAUCCUCGUCCACUCCUACAACUAUGUCGGGCAGAAACGUAAACGAUACUGGCGCUGUACCAAGGCGCUCCUCGUCAAAACCACUGGACACUAUACCAGAGAAGAGAAGUACCUCUAAGAGCAACAUGGGCGCAACAGGAGUGGGCGGUGAGAGUGGUGGAGACUUGCUCAAUCGUUCUAGGACUAGAAGAAAAAGCGUUCCACGUUCGUGGAAAUAA